CACUAUUGAGACACUUGAGAGCUGUGCUCCGGCUCAAGCUUCCUGCUCCCUCGAGACAGGAACCAAACUUCUCUCCCGUCUCUCUCUCUUUUUCUCUUUCAAGUAUUCCUCCCCCCCCAAAACAUGGCUUGAAUCUACUUCAUUUUUACAUCCCCCUCAUUAUCAUUACCUCCCCGGUAUAGGUACGGCUUCCGUUAGUUAGUUAGUCCCUUUGUCCUCCGAUCCCUCUCGACAUUACAACAAACACUGCUGGCCUUCCGGCAGACACCGCUUUUCCUGUUCCAUUAUCUCUAGAACUUUAUCCUCCCUUAUAUAGUUGACCUGCAAGUCCCUUCGUAACGCCUCGUCGCCAACAACUGAUUCUCAUCAUGGAUACCUCCGAAGUUCGACAACGAAAGCAUGACCCUCAACUGAGUCACACAGCCGCCUCGAAGAAGCAGCCUUCCGACAGUCAGGAUGAGGAACCCCGUUUGAAGCAUGGCAUUGCGAUGCAGCUUCUCCGCUCUUUGCUCCUGGCCACAUGGUUCAACUGCUGCUGCAUCGCCAUCCUAGCGACCCAGGUCAUCGGCUCCCCUCUAUACGUGAUAAACAAGGAUUGGUAUUAUUCCUAUAUGGCAUACACAAAGCAGUCCUUUGGCUUGGUCAUCACGGCUCUAACUCAAUGGGGCUGUCCUACCUUUGUGCGAGUCAGCGGUGACAAGAGUGUACGGGGCCAGGUCCACGUCGCAGAGGAUGGGCGCUUAAAGACUCAAUUCCCAGAGCGAUUGGUCCUCAUAGCCAACCACCAGGUGUAUACUGAUUGGAUCUAUCUGUGGUGGGUAGCAUACACGAAUACGAUGCACGGCCGCAUCUUCAUCAUCCUUAAGGAAUCCUUGAAGUACAUUCCUAUUAUCGGCCAGGGUAUGACCUUUUACGGCUUUAUUUUCAUGGCUCGCAAAUGGUUGUCCGACAAGCCCCGUCUGCAGCAUCGAUUGGAGAAGCUGAAGACUCAGCAUACGGGAUCGCAGUCAGGGUCCCCGCAAUAUGACCCCAUGUGGCUUCUGAUCUUUCCUGAAGGGACGAACCUAUCUAUCAACACCAGGCGGCGGAGUGCAGAGUAUGCCGCAAAGCAGGGACUGUCCCCCUUGAAGCAUGAGCUUAUUCCCCGCUCCACUGGUUUAUUCUUCUGUCUACAGCAGUUGCGCGGGACGGUGGAGUGGGUCUAUGACUGCACGGUAGCCUACGAAGGACCUCCAAGAGGUAGUCUACCUGACAAGUAUUUUACCCUUCGGUCAACGUAUCUGCAGGGGCGACCGCCCACUUCGGUCAAUAUGCAUUGGAGACGUUUUGCCGUGUCCGAGAUCCCUCUGGACGAUCAGCAUGAAUUUGACUCGUGGCUUCGCGAGCGUUGGACCGAGAAGGACCAGUUGCUCGAGGAGUACUACGAGACAGGGAGGUUCCCGUCCGAGCUGGCUGGGUCUAUCGAGGUUGGGCAUGGAUUCGAGGAACGGAAGGCUGCCGCGGCUGCAGGGUAUGCUGAAGCACAUGUGCGGUUGGGACACUGGGCCGAGGCUUUGUCCUCUGAUCGCUACAGUUUCAGGAGCGCGCUUCUUGCUAUGCCCGCACACGCCAUGGCGUCCCUUCAGAAUGGCCACGCCAAUGGCACGAAUGGCGAUUCUCUUUCAGCGGCCAACCCGUUGCCCAAUCUCCGUUUUUCUGACAUUCCCUCCGCCAUCGACAUUCCCGCGUCCACCCUCGACAGUGAAGUCGAGGUCAGCCUAGAGAUUCUUCCAGAUGACCCAACCGAGCUCUGCACAUUGUUGGAGAACGAAAAGGCCGCUAAGAACUUUUGGGUCACGAUCGCGCUGGCAUACGCCAAGCAGAAGCAACUCGAUCAUGCCAUCGACAUCUUAAACAAAGGUCUCGCGUCGGUCGCUCAUGGAGCCACGAAAGAGAAACUCGGCCUGCUGGGAUGGGUUUGCUGGCUGUUGAUGUUGAAGAGUCGGAAUGCCCCCCGCGUUGCACCCGAGGGAGAAUUGUACACCGAGGCGAAGACGAAGGACCAUUAUCUCCAACUUGCGACGUCGACUCUGAACGAGGCUUCACGACUGAAUCCGGCGUUCCCCCCUCUGUUCCUGGCGCGAGGUGUCCUGUCGCUGCUGCGCGCCUCGCUACAUCCACCCCGUCCUGUUCGCCCGGGCACCGUUGACACAUCCGAGAGGGUAGAAUCGCUGCGGCAGGCGCUCAAGUGCUUCGAUGAGUCGUCCAAGGCUUUUGGUGGUCGGAAUGUUAUGGCCAUCCUUGGGCGCGCGAGAACGCAAUACUUGCUCGGCCGAUACGCCGAGGCCCUGGAAGGCUACCAGAAGGUUCUGAUGAAGAUGCCCAGUUUGACAGAUCCCGACCCGCGGAUUGGUAUCGGCAGUUGCUUGUGGCAGUUGGGCUUCAAAGAGCAGGCCAAGGUUGCUUGGGAGCGAGCUCUGGCGUUGAACCCUGACUCCAAGGUCGCCAAUAUUCUCCUCGCAGUAUACUAUCUUUACGACAGUUCACGACAUGCAACGACAGACCCGGCCUUCGGUUCAUUGUACAAGGUAGCAAUGACUCAGUACACGCAGAAGGCGUUCAAAUUGGACAAGGAAUACCCCAUGACUUGUUCUCUGUUUGGCGGGUACUUCCUCCUCCGGAAGGCUUACUCCACCGUCGAGACCCUGGCCCGGAAGGCCAUCGAACACACCGAUGUCAUGCAGAUUGCCAGCGACGGCUGGUAUCUCCUCGGUCGGAAGUCCCACUAUGAAGGCGACCUGACGCGUGCUGCGGAGUAUUACAACCGCUCCGACCAGGCUCGUGGCGGUGGUGAGAAGGGAUACCUCCCGGCCAAGUUCGGCACGGUACAGAUGCAAGUGUCCAACAAGGACUUCGACGGAGCCAAAUUCCGCCUCGAAAAGAUUAUCCAGCAGACGAAGAAUGCCGAAUGCAUGGUCCUGCUCGGCGCGCUUCAUGCGGAGGAGGUCUUCGCGGCGCAGAGAAGCGGCAGCAAGGAAGACAAGUCGGCUGAGAUCAAGAAGGCCAUCAACCUUCUGGAAUCGGUUCGCGCCCUCUGGAAGGACGAGACCAAGAAGAUCUCGCCCGACGAGUCCGUCUUGGUGUACCUGGCCCGGCUGUACGAGCAGAGCGCUCCCGAGAAGAGCAUGCAGUGUCUCACCCAGCUGGAAGAGAUGCAACUGGCAGAGGUCGCAGAGGAGGAGCGCCCCGAAGGCGUCGAAGAUGAAGAGCAGGUCAAGGCAGCUCUCCGCGUCCACCUUCCCCCGCAACUCCUCAACAACAUGGGAUGCUUCCUGUAUCAAGCUGAGAAGAUCGAACGAGCCCGGACCAUGUUCCAAGCAGCGCUGGAUGCCUGCGUCCGGUCCAAGGAGAAGGAAAGCGAGCUCGACACCGACGCGCUCGUCACCACCAUCAGCUUCAACCUGGGCCGGACCUACGAGGCAGCCGACAUGCCGGAAGAAGCCAAGAAGGUGUACCAGGGUCUCCUCGAGCGUCACGCUGACUACACCGAAGCCAAUGCACGCUUGACGUACAUCGCCCUGCGCCAGAGCCCCACAGACGAGGGCCCGAAGAAGAUGGCCAAGCUCUACGAAGCCGACUCGACCAACCUGGAAGUGCGCGCCCUGUUCGGCUGGUACCUCAGCAAGUCCAAGAAGCGGGCAGCCAACCUGGCCGAGGACCACGAACAGCGCCACUACAAACACACCCUGCAAUACUACGACAAGCACGACCGGUACUCCCUGACGGGCAUGGGCAACAUCCACCUGUCUACAGCGCGCGAUAUGCGCCGCGACAGCGACCAGGAUAAAGAAAAGCGGCGCAAGAUGUAUGAGCGAGCCGUCGAGUUCUUCGACAAGGCCCUCCAACUGGACCCUCGCAACGCAUACGCCGCCCAAGGUAUCGCCAUCGCCCUUGUCGAUGAUAAAAAGGACCACGCCUCCGCCGUGCACAUCUUCUCCAAGAUCCGUGACACAUUACGCGACGCCAGCGUCUACCUCAACCUCGGCCACGUCUACGCCGAGCUCCGCCAAUACACCCGAUCGAUCGAGCACUACGAAGCCGCACUAUCCAAAGACCGCGCCCGCGACGCACAAAUCCUCGCCUGCCUCGGCCGCGUCUGGCUUGCCAAGGGCAAGCAAGAGAUGAACCUGCAGGCUAUGAAAACCGCCCUUGACUACGCGCAGCGCGCCCACUCCGUCGCUCCGGGCCAAGUCCACCUCGAAUUCAACGUCGCCUUCGUCCAGAACCAAAUCGCCUCCCUCACCUACGGCCUCCCGGAAACGCAAAAGACGGUCCAAGACGUCCAAGAUGCCGCUGAAGGCCUCCAACAAGCCGUGGAGACCUUCAACCGCGUAGCUCAAGCCAAGAACCCACCGUACCCAUCCAGCGCCUUGGAACAGCGCGCCAACAUGGGUCGCACCAUCUUGAAGCAACUCGAGCGCGCGCUCCAAAGUCAAAAGGAAUACGAAGAGAAGAACGCCGCCAAGCUCCAACAAGCGCGCGAGGCGCGUGAAGCCGAAAAGCGCCAGCGCGAAGAAGAAGUGCGCAAGGCUCAGGAAGCAGAGCGCGAGCGCAAACAGCGCGUAGCGGAGGAGCGGCAGCGCAUGAUCGAGGAUGCGCAGCGAUUGGCGGAGCAGCGCGCGGAAGAAGAGCGCGAUUCUCCUUCCAGGGAGAGGAGCUCGGAACCGGACUCCGAUGGCGAAGCGGCGGCGGCGCCGAAGAAGCGCCGGCGUCUGGAACGUCGGUCUGGUAGUAAGGCGCAGCAGAGCAAGUACAAGAGUAGUGAGAUGGUGGUGGAUUCGGAUGACGAGGACGAGGCGGGUGGUGAUGAUGAUCAUGCGAUGCGUGAUACUGGGGCGAAUGAUGACGAGGAUGAAGAAGAGCAGGAUGUGGUGCAGCGUCGUCGGGCCAAGGUCAGUCGACGUGUGGCUGACGAUGAUGAGGAUGAGGACGAAGAUGAGGAUAAUGGGGCGGCGGUGGCUGGAGGAGGGGGCGAAGGGGCCACGACUGGGGGCGAAGGGGGCGAAGACGAUGAUGAUGGCUUGUUCAAUGACGAUGGCGGUGAUGAUGAUAUGGAUCUGAAGGAGGAUGAGUGA